CGCUGACGUCAUCGAUUUGCUCCGCUCCUUCCUUUCCUCGGUGGUUGAAGCUCUGCCGCGUUGUUGUGUCGUUUACUGCUUUCAUUUGUGACGAAGAUGGCCGCUGGUCCCCUCUCCGCUGUCCCUAACACAUCCACGAAUAGUGAUGGGAUCCUUAUCGGCGACAGAGUUUAUUCUGAAGUUGUCCUCACUAUCAGCAACUCUCUUAUACCAGAGGAAAGGCUUCAGCCAACCCCGUCUAUGCUCGAUGGCCUCGACCUGCACACGGAGACCGACCUCCGUAGCCUGGGUUGCGAGCUAAUUCAAUCGGCUGGUAUUCUUCUACGCUUGCCACAGGUGGCAAUGGCUACGGGUCAAGUUCUUUUUCAUCGUUUUUUCUACUCAAAAUCAUUUGUCAAACACAGUUUUGAGAUUGUUGCAAUGGCCUGUGUCAACUUGGCUUCCAAGAUCGAGGAAGCGCCACGACGAUUCAGAGACGUCAUCAAUGUUUUUCACCAUUUAAAACAGAGUCAUAGAGGCAAAAGGAGUGCAAGUUCUUUGAUUCUUGAUCAGAACUACAUUAAUACCAAAAACCAAGUGAUCAAAGCUGAACGGAGAAUCCUGAAGGAGCUGGGCUUCUGUGUACACGUCAAGCACCCGCACAAGAUCAUCGUCAUGUACCUGCAAGUCCUGGAAUGUGAGAAGAACCAGACUCUGGUCCAGACCGCCUGGAACUACAUGAAUGACAGCCUCAGGACCAAUGUGUUUGUGAGGUUCCAAGCUGAAACUAUCGCCUGUGCCUGCAUCUACCUGGCUGCCAGAGCUCUGCAGAUGCCUCUCCCGUCCAGACCUCACUGGUACCUGCUGUUUGGAGCCACAGAGGAGGAGAUCAAGGAUAUCUGUAUCACCACCCUCAAACUGUACACCAGGAAGAAGCCGGACUAUGACCACCUGGAGAAGGAAGUGGAGAAGAGGAAGAUGUCUCUGCAGGAGGCCAAGCUGAAGGCUAAAGGGCUGAACCCUGAUGGGACCCCAGCUCUGUCCAACCUGGGAGGCUUCUCACCCGGAUCCAAACCCUGUUCUCCCAACAUAGUGAAGGUGGAGGACAAAUCGCCCAACCCCCAGGCUCUCAAACCUGUAAAGAAAGAGCCAGACAGCAGAGCCCAGGGCUCCAAGAGCCCACACAACGGGCUGAGGAAGGAGGCUAAAAUUGGGAGAAACAGCAGGAGUAGGAGUGGAUCUCGUUCCAGAACUCGCUCGCGAUCACGCUCCCCACGCAGACAUUACAACAGCCGGCGAAGUCGUUCUGGGACCUACAGUUCUCGUUCUCGCAGUCGGUCUCACAGCCGCAGCCCCUCACCCCGACGCCAUCCGUCCUCCCCCCUCCUCCUCCCACACCUCAAGCCAAAGCCCGGCCACCAUGGCAACAUCGACCCCAAGCCAUCGAGUCGUCAUAGCAGCAGCGGCGGAGGUGCUCACAAGAGGAAGAGGUCAAGGUCGCGCUCUGCCAGCAAAGGAGAGAGGGAACGGGAGAGGGGGAGGGAGCGGGACAGAGACCGCAGCACGUCGGACCUCUCUUCGGCCAAGAAGCACAAGCACGAGAGAGGUGGAGCUGGGGGAGGACAUCACCGUGGAGACAGGAGGGAGCGGUCCAGGUCGUACGACCGAGAACGAGAAAGGGCGCGCACCCACAAGACCAAACGCCAUAGCAGCAGCAGUGGUGGACACUCAGGGCACGGACGUCAUCGCCGCUGAACCAGGGGCAGGAGUCCCCUCCACUCCUUAAUGCAGUUUUGUGUUCUGCUUUACCACAAUCCUCCUUUUCAACCUGUUUUAAUUCACAUGUAAAUGAUGGACUUGGAGACGACAUAUUUACAGUGUAAAGAUGGUUAAAACUGCUGAUUUAGUGACAACGCUUUGAUUUAUAAAAGCGACUCUUCAGUGGAAGAAGGCAUGAAUGCGUGUACUACAAAAUAAUAAUUCAGGAAAGACCUCAAGACUUUGUGGACUGAAGGAAGUGACCACCGGGUUCUGUUUGUUUUAUCUAAAGCAGUGUUCUGUACAGAUUGCAAAGGACUACUGGGCUUCUCUAGAAACAGGCUGUAUCUUUUUACAGCUGAAUGCAGACUCUUGAUUUCAGAACCUUUUUAGGAUUGUGGUGAAUUUGUUACACUGGUUUUUAGUCUGCACGUGUUCAUGUCUGAUUUUUACUUAAUUAAAAAAAAAAAGAAUUACAAUUUGACUCCACUUCUCUUUUGUAACACUGGACUACAGGUCAUGAAAAGCUGCAAUCUGCUGUAGGUGGUGUUCACACAGGGAGCCCAAUUCUGAUCUUUUUCCUCUAAUUGGUCUUCUGACCAAUCAGAUCAGCUCUGAUGUGAUUGGCAUUCUGGCCAUUCUGAUUGGUCAAAAGUAGGGAUGACUCAACUACAUAUUUGUACGUUAACCAAUAUCCAAUAUUUUCUUUGCCGAAACACCCAAUUCCCAUAUAUAUAUAUAUUUUUGUGGCCUUUUAUGCAUUCUAGUACAGUUAAAUAGUUGAAACACUGAGUAAAAUGUUAUUUUGUUAACAUUUACAUGUCCCCAUUACCAAUAAAACAUGAUCAAAACCUA